GUGAUACACAACAAGAGGAGUAGUGGUGUUGCAAACAGAAGCUGAAUUUGUACCUAGCAACGCAGGUGGAACAAGGGGAAAAAUGGAAACUCGAGAGUCUAUUCGCAAGCGAGACCGUGGAGGAGAUGGGGGUGGUGAGGAGGAACGCAGUCGUCAUCGGCCAAGCACAGGCAAAGAUGAGGUGGGGGUGCGUUGGGCAAGAUUUCGGAGCAAAGGACGUGAGCGUCGAAAAGAUUGUGAUGUUCUUUGCAUUAGAGCUGCAGGACAUGAAGCUAUAGCAGUAAAAACUAAAGUAGGGGGAAUUACAGUUAGGAAACCUGCUAUACUGAAAACUGCAGCAGUGGAAACUGGAGCGGCAGAAACUGGAGCAGUGGAAACUGGAGCAAUGGAAACUGCAGCAAAGGAAACCGCAACAGUGGACACUGCAACAGUGGAAACCGGAGCAGUGGAAACUGCAGCAGUGGACACUUCAGCAGUGGAAACCGCAACAGUGGACACUGCAGCAGUGAAAACUGCAGAAGUGGAGACUUCAACAAUGAAAACUGGAGGAGUGGAGACUGCAACAGUGAAAACUGCGGUAGCAGCAAAUGAGUAAGCAGGGGGCAGAACGAGAGCAUCGUGGGGGCGAAGAAGAAAUUGGAUGAUACAAGGACCAUCGCAACAUGCGCCGGAACCACUUAGAGAGAUGCGUCACAUGUGUAGGAUAGCGACGUUGGCGGAAGCGCAUGUAGCAGGUCCACCCCUUAGCAAGGGUUGGUGGGGAAUGCCCACGCGAAAGCAUACAACGAGUAAGUGUUGUUGCCACAGUUCGAAAGUUGUUACAGAUUUGUUCAAAUCUGGUCAAUUGCCCAAUGAACACACUAGCCGGUUGAUGGGAAGGGAUGUUGGAGGUCGCACUUGGAUAACGAAUAACAGUAAAAUCCCAAGCAGUCG